AUGAACAUCUUGUCUGCCCUGCUUCAUUCCUGCUUCUCAUUGCGCUUGUUCUUCUCUUCGCCUACCAUACCACCAGUCUCAUUCGAUAGAUGGGCAGCGGCCAACAGCGAUGCCGAUGAUGGACAAGUGCCAAUGAACGACCAAAAACAUGGUAUUAAACAGUGGGAAUUGCGCUUCAAGUCUGCAUCUCCUUUCGACAUUUGCGACCUUGGUGAAGACGACACUAUUCAUCAAGUAAACCGACUCAACAAUACUCCGAGAGCUCAGACUCCAGAACGAGCCUUAACACAUAACGAUUGCCCGGCUAUCGGUUCUUGCAAUUUCCCAGCGCCAAGCAGUGGCGGCCAAGAACUUGAGCAUUUGCUAAAGACCCCGAUUGCAAAUAUUACCGACUUUUUUGGCGGAGCACUCGACCUAUUGGGCUUUCCGAAUGCCUUAGACCCGAACCACAUGCAGGCUUUGAAUGACAUCGUGACACACCGAGAAAUUUUGAUGAUGCGAGUAAUGAAUACCAUCACAGACAAAUCCAAUUGGGAUAAAAAGGUAUUCGACGAGCACAUCACUUCUAAAUGGCGCGAGGAGAUCAGGAAGAGUGGGCAAGAUGUGACGCCGAAGAUGAUGGAUUGGAUAAUCAAAGAACUGCAGUGGAAAGCUGGAAUUUUUCAAGAGACAGGCCAUGUCACUGUUUUUGAUGUUGGAGUCGUCAAAUCCGACAACGCCAUUUCCAGUCAACUGCAGCAGGACUUGAGACAAGCAGCAUCUCUUUUUGAAAAUGUGCUCGAGGCCCAAAAAGACUACCAUCCUGGAUCCGAUCAGAAAGUCGUGAAUCUAGUUCAUCCUUCAUUGUUUCCUGUGGUCUAUGGUCGAACUCGGGUUCUCCCUGACCAAGUCAUAGGCGUCGAUGACUGUCUGAGCAGUAUGGGACAGGGCACUAUGAUCCCCAUCUCCUCAGAAGAAGAGAGCCUUGUCGCUUCGGACCAUGAAUCGAUGACUCAUUACCAUAUUCAGCCAAGGCUCAGUCGAAAGUUCCAAUGGCUCCCGUGUGAGGUGGAUAUCAACGAUUCCGAAUGUGAGAUAACGUCUUACAUCAACAAUGUUCACCCGGUUGAACAUCGGGGAUUGUACGAUGUGGUCGAGAAAAUCAUCGCGAGAACGAUCCCACUUUGGGACCAGAGCUUGACCAGAGGAUCGGAUCGCCACAGAAUCCCGUAUGAAGAGGUUGAGUACGGCGAUCCCGUAGGACCAGAGCCUAUGCGUCCUCAACAUGCCGACGAUAACUUUGAUGAAGAUGAGUAUCUGGAGCGGCACGAGGAAUGGGAGUUUUCCCGCCCGAUACUACUCCCUGAGCCAGGGGACUUCAAGGUUUACCCGCUUUGGGAUUCGUAUCAAGUCACAUUGGACACCGGGUACUUCGGUCACAGCGGAAUACAAGUGGUUGUAAAGUUGGCUAAUAUCGAAUUAACACCCGAAAAGCCUGACUAUGAAGGAGGUACCUGGCAUAUAGAGGGUCAACUGAAUGAGCGCAUAUGUGCAACAGCAAUCUACUAUUACGACAAUCAGAACAUCACUGAAAGUUCGUUGUCAUUUCGGCAAAGAGGUACCGAACUGGAUUACAUUGAACACGAGCAAGACCGACAUGAGUUUCUUCAAGAUGUUUAUGGCUUGCGUACGAAUGGUGACUGGAAUGGAACUGAAGUUACACAAGAGCUUGGAGGCGUCGUUUGUCAAGAGGGUCGACUCCUGACAUUCCCCAAUUCUGUUCAGCACAAAGUGUCAUCAUUUUCGUUGGCUGAUAGAUCAAAAAGCGGACAUCGCAAGAUCCUCGCGUUGUUCCUCAUCGAUCCCCACAGGCGUGUGAUAUCCUCUGCCAAUGUUCCUCCACAGCGAGAGGACUGGGCGCCGGAAAGCUCAACAAUUGUGAAUAAUGUGCAUCCACAGGCUUCAACGAAUUUGCCGGAUACAACUGGUCAGGAUGUACCCAGCUCGGCGAUGAGCAUGAAAGAGGCAGAAGCUUACAGACUUGAACUUAUGGAAGAGCGCAGUGUCAGGGCUGUUGAGAAUAACGAUGUGUUUGAGAAUGGAUCUUUCAAUCUUUGUGAGCAUUAG